UAUGAAGUAAGACAUAGUACUUGAUUACAAUAUUAAAGAUAAGAUACAGAAUAAAAAAUAAAAAAAAAAAAAAGAAGAAAGAAGAAGAAAGAAGAAGAAAAUGGAAGGAGUGAAGGAAAUGGCAUACAAAGGAACAGUUAAGCUAAUGUUGGGUGCACUUGAAAGGAAUUUCUUACCUGAUUUUAUUAUCAGACGUCUUACCCGUAUUCUCUUGGCCAAUCGUCUUCAUUCUUCCUAUUACCCAUCUGCUCAGCUUCAACUCUCCCAUCUUCUCAAGUUUGUUCACUCAUUAAGAGAAAUGCCAAUAGCCAUACAAACUGAGAUGGCAAAAUCUCAACACUAUGAGCUUCCUACUUCCUUCUUCAAGCUUGUUCUAGGAAAGCAUCUCAAGUAUAGUUGCUGUUACUUUCCUGAUACGCAGACGACCCUAGACGAUGCAGAGAAAGCAAUGCUAGAUUUAUAUUGCGAGAGGUCGAGUAUUCAAGAUGGGCAUUCUGUUCUUGAUGUUGGAUGUGGUUGGGGUUCACUCACUUUGUACAUUGCACAGAAGUACACUAACUGUAGUGUCACCGGAAUAUGCAAUUCGGUAACACAAAAAGCGCACAUUGAGGAUCGCUGUAGGGAUCUUCAGCUGAAGAACGUGCAGAUCGUUGUAGCAGACAUCAGUAAAUUCGAAAUGGAGGGGUCUUAUGAUCGAAUUCUGUCGAUUGAAAUGUUCGAGCACAUGAAGAAUUAUGGAGAUCUUCUGAAGAAAAUAUCGAAUUGGAUGAAACCUAACGGUCUUCUGUUUGUUCAUUAUUUCUGUCAUAAAGCCUUUGCAUACCACUUUGAGGAUGUUGACGAUGAUGACUGGAUCACUCGGUACUUCUUCACUGGAGGAACAAUGCCAGCAGCAAAUCUACUCCUGUACUUUCAGGAUGAUGUCUCUGUUGUGAACCAUUGGCUUGUGAACGGGAAACAUUAUGCACAAACUAGUGAAGAGUGGCUUAAACGGAUGGACCGUAACUUAGCUUACAUACGGCCAAUAAUGGAGUCAACUUACGGCAAGGACUCAGCCGUAAAGUGGAUAGUAUAUUGGAGAACCUUCUUCAUCGCAGUAGCCGAGUUAUUUGGGUACAAUGAUGGAGAAGAAUGGAUGGUGGCUCACUUCCUAUUUAAGAAGAAAUAAGGCUUCUUGUGCAGUGUAUUCUCUUCCAUCCAAUCAGCAUCAACACCAGAUGUAUAAUAAGAUCGAAAAAAUGCAAAACUAUGCCCUGCACUGCGUUUUAAACCAUUUGUACUUACAUUUCCUCGUUCCUAGAAAAUUUUCAACUAUUUAUAGAGUUUAUCACUUUAUCCCAUAUCGGAGAAGAAUACUUAGAGGCCUGAGGAUGUGCAAAUCUACCUUGAAGUUAAAGAAGAUUAUGGUAAGAAUUACUGCACAGAUUUGUACUGCAAGCCUGAUUUUUGAUUCUGUCAAUGUGACAUGGUUUUGAUUUAUAAUGAACUGAACCACUGUGUUGUGUGUAUGCAACUUGAACAGUCUGAGUGUCUCCGUAGAGGAAGGGUUUUAGUCUAUAUAAUAUGUUAAAUUUAGUUUAUGCACUUGAUUAACUGUGAUCCCUUGCUUGUGCAAACAAAACACAAUAAAGAAGUCUUAACGGUU